AUGUUUACUUGUUGGUCUCGGCGUUAUUAUUCAGUGGAAGGUAAACUAUGCUGUUCGGCUUGGUACCAACCUGUCGCACACUGUCGCUUUGGCAUUGCUUAAAGCAGUGUCGCAACGUCAGCUCCGAGAACACUGCCAGAAGGUCUGCUGUGGACAGGGUUCUCACUGCAUUCAGAACUAUUUGUGGUGAGGACGGAAUCUCAUUGGGUGAAGCUAUCAGAGAACAACAUGGCAAAGAUGAGUCUGUACACAGAUGUUGCCCCCCAGAUGUGGUGGUGUUUCCACGCUGUGUGGAGGAGAUCAGUGCUCUGGCCAAGGUCUGCUACAACCACAACCUUCCCAUCAUUCCCUUUGGAACCGGGACGGGCUUGGAGGGAGGAGUUGGUGCUGUAAAGGGUGGUGUGUGCUUCAGUUUAAGGAAUAUGGACCAGAUUAUGGAUCUCCACCCAGAGGACUUUGAUGUGACGGUGGAGCCUGGUGUGACUCGGAAGGCCCUCAAUGCCUACCUGCGAGACACUGGCCUCUGGUUCCCUGUUGAUCCUGGAGCUGAUGCAUCUCUGUGUGGUAUGGCUGCCACUAGUGCAUCUGGUACUAAUGCAGUGCGUUAUGGCACUAUGAGGGAAAAUGUCAUGAACUUGGAAGUUGUGUUAGCUGACGGGACUAUCAUACACACUGCUGGGAAAGGUCGACGUCCCAGGAAAACUUCAGCAGGCUACAAUCUGACAAAUCUGUUUGUGGGUUCAGAAGGCACCCUGGGAAUCAUCACUAAGACAACGCUACGCCUGUAUGGCAUCCCAGAGGCCAUGGUUUCUGCUGUCUGCUCUUUUCCCACCGUCCAGGCUGCUGUAGAUAGCACUGUUCAGAUUCUGCAGUCUGGAGUCCCCAUCGCUCGCAUCGAGUUUCUGGAUGACAUAAUGAUAGAUGCAUGCAACAGAUUCAGCUCCUUGUCCUACCCCGUGACCCCAACACUGUUCCUGGAGUUCCAUGGCUCAGAACGAAGCCUUGAAGAACAAGUUAGCACAACUGAGGAAAUUACUCAGAGUAAUGAAGGCUCAGACUUUCAGUGGGCUCGAGAUGCAGAAACACGCAACCGGUUGUGGAAAGCUCGUCAUGACGCCUGGUACGCUGCACAGGCUCUCAGACCAGGCUGCAAGGCCUACUCUACAGAUGUGUGCGUCCCCCUGUCUCGAUUACCUCAGAUCAUUGUGGAGACAAAGGAGGACCUGAUUGAGAGCAGACUAACAGGUCCCAUUGCAGGCCAUGUGGGUGAUGGUAACUUCCACUGUCUGAUGGUGGUGGAUCCAAACGACCCGGACGAGCUGCACAGGGUCCACUUAUUCACGGAGAGGCUGGCCAGACGAGCGCUGGCCAUGGAUGGUACAUGCACUGGAGAACAUGGAAUAGGUUUAGGAAAGAGAAGGCUUCUCUGUGAGGAAAUGGGACCUCUGGCCAUCCAGGUCAUGCAGAGGCUAAAGGACGCCCUUGACCCAAAGAAACUCAUGAAUCCUGAGAAAAUCCUGCAGCAGGAAGAGCUAUAAACUGCACGGUGUACAUCGAAGAGCAAUUUAAAAUCUGUUAAAAUCUGUUGAGAUAUCAUCGAGUUAAUUACUGCUAAAUCAAAACAAGUCAUGUUGUGUUAAAAUGUAGCUAAAACCUUUUCUGUGUGGGGUUUUCAUGAAUGUCAGAUACUCCUAGAAAACGAAUGGGAAGGGAUUUUCAUUUAGACAAUUACUGUGAAAAUCCUAAUUGUUACUUUUGGUGAAAACAUUAAAACUUCUCUAACAUGGAAACUAUGUGACAGAAUUAAAGAAAAACUGAGUGAUAAAUUGCUUUAAGAUAUUUAUUGUUGUGAAUGGCAUCCAGUUAAACCCGUGUAAUUAAAAACACACAUUCAUAUCUUGGAAACCUUCAUUUUAUUAUAUGAUCUUUUUAAAGAAAGAUAUUUUAGUAUCAGAAGACACAACAGACCAAGCUCACAUUAAAAUCUGUUGAAGUAUCAGGAUUUACCGAGAUGAGAUGUGGUAGGUUUUGCCAGCCUGAAUGGGUAAAAAUAAAAAGUUCCUUUCUUGUC